AUCCAUUUCACUCUUCUUACGAGAUAUCAACUCUCCAAAUCACCAAUAACUCAAACAUCAACUUUCACAACACUCCAAUCCCUCAAAAUGGUUGUCAACACUCCUACUACCUGCUGCCGCUCCAGCGACGGUGCCAGUGAAUGCGCCUGUGCCCAAAAGGCUACUUGCUCAUGCGGUCAAAAGUCUGCUCUCCAGUGCACAUGCGCCAAGGCUCCCGUCGAAAACACCGUCAACGGCCCUCGAUGCUCAUGCCGUGCUCGUCCCGCUGGCGAAUGCACCUGUGACCGUGCUGCUUCUGAGAACGUCACUCCCAGCGGCGCCACAUGCGCUUGCGGAUCUCGUCCUGCUGGUGGCUGCACUUGUGAGAAGGCUGCCGAUGGUGGCUUCAACCCUGCCAACGAGAUCGACUUUACCACCAAGAAAUAAAUGUCUGACUCUGAUGAUGGGGAUUAACGAAAACAACAUGCAUUAAUAAAUUACUGGACGGCGUUGGGGAUCAUGACUAGGUACUUUGGGUUGGGGCGGGGAGACAAUCGAUACCAGAUACACAAGAAUUGAACAACAUUCAUUCAUGACAA